AUGACCCCUUCCGACCCUGACAUUUCCGCCAAACUCUCCGCUCCUCCAAAGAAGUCAAUCUUUGAACGACAAAAAGCCGAAGCCGAAGCCAAGAAGGCGCGAGAGAAGGCAGAGACUGCGGCUGCCCUCGAGGACUUUGUUAAGAGCUUCGAUGAUGACGGAGAUCGGCAGUCGAGCCUCCCUCCCAGGCCGGGAAGAGGUGGCUUUGGCGCUGGCAGCGGUAGUGGUGGAGGUGGCUUCGGGCCCUCAGGACCAGGGAAAAGACAUUUCACAAGUUCAGGUCUGAAAAGUGGACCGGGAAGCCUGGGCCCCAGUCCGUCUGUGCCACGGAGCGGACCUGGAAGCUUGGGACAUGCUCCCGGAUAUGGAAAGAAGAGGCAGUUCGACGAAUACACUGGUCGACAAGAUCGAGACCGAGAUCGCGACCGAGACCGACGGGACAGGAUGUUCUCUUAUGGAGACGGGAGGGACGAUAGCAGUAGGAGAGAGACAAGCGCUUUCAGCCGAGAAGAAGAUGAAGACACAAAGGAUGCAGAGGAGAAGGCUGCCGCAAAACCGACUUUGCAUCUUUCGUCUCUCCCUCCGGGGACGUCGCCCGCUAUCAUUAAAGGCUUGUUUGCUCCCUCGCCAUUGACGGUUGAGAACGUGCGCAUCUUGCCGCCUCCGCCAGCCUCAGGCAUGGAACGGAAGUCUGUCUCGGCUAUUGUCACCCUCGCAGCUGAGACGCCGGCCACUGACAUCGAUACCAUGGUGUCCCAUUUGCAAAACAAGUAUCUUGGCUUUGGCUUCAACCUGGCUAUCUCUCGCCAUUUGUCCUCCGCAGCUUUGACGGGCGCGGGUUCACUGAGCAACAACACCCCUUCGUUCAGUCUACAAAAUCUGCCCUUUGGCGCCAAACCAGUCGCACAACACAGCUCCCUCUCACGCGCUCCUCCACCUGGCCAAGGGCAUGGACGCUUCGCUCCGCCUGUAUCGUAUACAUCCUCAACACCCUACGGGCCGCGCUCUGCAGCAAACAAUUUGCCUCCUACACAAGUCAAUGUACAAAUCCCAUCUGACCUCAAAGAAUUGCGCCUGAUCCACAAAACCAUCGAGACCCUUCUAACGUAUGGUCCGGAGUUUGAAGCGCUCUUGAUGUCUCGACCCGAGAUCCAACGCAACGAACAGUGGUCUUGGCUGUGGGACUCCAGGUCCAUUGGUGGAGUCUACUAUCGUUGGCGGCUGUGGGAGAUCCUAACGGGGGCGAAAUCACGUCGAAAGAAUCAGCAAUUCUCAAUGUACGGGUCGCGGAAACCACAUGGGGAUGUUCUUUUCGAAGGCCAGAGUACCUGGGCGCCACCGAAAGAGGAUCUCAAAUUCGAAUAUACUACUCACAUUGAAGAGUUCAUCUCCGACCAAGAUUACAACUCAUCCGACGAAGAAGACAUUGACGAUGACAGAGGCGGGGGUCUAGCUGGACGAUACCGCGAUCAUCAGAGAGUAGGCGACGACGAUGCUACCGGCGCCAUGGCGGAUAACGAUGGUCAAGGUUAUCUCAAUCCACUGGCGAAGACGAAACUCAUACACCUAUUGUCUCGUUUGCCGGAGACGAACGCCAAGCUACGUAAAGGCGACGUUGCCCGUGUGACGGGGUUUGCCAUCGAACAUGCCGGAGCCGGAGCGGAUGAAGUGGCUGAGCUGAUCACGCAGAAUGUGGUCAGACCGUUCCGCUACAGUGUCAAGCGACCAAAGGAAGAGGAGUUGCAUGGCUCUGAAGACUCAGAUGGCGACGAGCACAAGAACGGCAGUCCGAGAAGGCAACUCGGCAUCGAAGAUGACAACGAAGCGUCGGCCGAGAAGAAGGAUACAACGACAGAUACUACUCCCUCCUCUCUAGUUGCCCUUUACCUUAUCUCCGACUUGCUCUCCGCCUCCUCCACCAGUGGCGUCCGCCAUGCGUGGCGAUACCGCUCUCUCAUCCAGCACCAUCUGCUCCGGCAGAGGACGUUCGAAGUCCUUGGCGAACUUCCCAAAAAGUACCAAUGGGGCAAAUUGAGAGCGGAAAAAUGGAGGCGACAAGUCCAAGUUGUGCUUGGGCUAUGGGAAGGAUGGAGCGUUUUCGAGGAAGCCAAGAUGAGGGAGAUUGAAAACAGUUUCUUACAUCCGCCGCUGACCAAGGAAGAGGAACAGAAAAAGGCAGAGAUUGAGGCAGAGGAGAAGAGAGAGAAAGAGAAGUCUGUAAAUCGCUGGCGGAGUGUUGGUGACACGAAGGACGAAAGUGGCCAGGGUCUUCAAGGGAAGCCUACGCUUACCGGUGCUGAUGCACGGGACAGCGAUGUGGAAAUGAACAUGGACGGUGUGCCUAUGGCUGAAGACGACGACGACGGAGAAACGGUCUUGACUGAUGAGAAUAUCGACGGCAUUCCAAUGGCUGAUAGCAGUGAUGAAGAAGCUGAGCCAGUGCCACCUCCGCCGCCCCCUGCAGAGGAUGGCGAGCCUCGUGCAGGGUCAAAGGAGGCGGAGCCAGCACCAAGCAGAGUUGCUGAGCAGGAGACAGCCGCAAAGUCUGUACAUGUGCCGCUGGUGUCUCAGGGUCGGCGGGUUCGGCCAAAAGCUGUGGACUUUGACGACAUGUUUGAAUAG